AUGAAGCUAGUAAAGUUCAUCAGCUGUGACGCUCCGGCCGUUGCCGCCACUGCAAUUCAGGUGUCGGUGGAUGAGCAGCGGGUUCGCGUCUUUCCUAAUCGGAACAGCGGCAAUGACCGUAGUAAACAGGCAGUGAAGAGCUGGCGGCUGCACUCUGCCACCCCAUCGACAUCAGGUUGCUACUGGCUGCUGAACGAUGACAACACUCCCAUUGGGCCAAUUGAUGAGGUGUUGUUGGCUAGCCGUGACAACGAGAGCAACAGCGCCGGCGUGAGUGUGCCUAACGGGGUCGAGGAGAGUCACAUUGACGGUGUGGACCUCCGUAGCAAGAUGGGCAAACAGCUGCAGCGCACCCGCGAAGAGUACGGCCAGACGUUUAAAACAGCUGCGAAGAAUGCGGCACUUCUGAUGGACGCAGAGCGACUCCACACUGGACGGGAGGAAAAGAAACGAGAGGAGCGGAAGCGUGUGGUAGAGGCGAUUGAAAACGGCGAGGAGCCGGUUCGAGCGACACGUGUAAAGGCCGAGGGAGGCAAGAAAGGCGGUAGUGAAGUGACAGCAAAGAGCACUUCAAAGAGGCGCUGA